UUGUUCUUCACAUGCAUACCCAACCUCCUCACUUCUUGACGUUCCCCGUAGCGGUUUUCUUCUCGAGGAUGCAAAGACUACACGAACCCGGAGCAGUGAUUUCCUUAGCGACACAUCUUACUAGCCUACUCACAGACUUUCGGUAAGGUAUGCAACCUGUUCCGGAUACUCAACUGACGCCAGACGCUCUCUCCAAUCUACGGAGUACGAACGGAACUUUGCAGUGUUCACUUUGCCAAGCGCGAAUAUUGCAUCCUUCGAAGCCGCAACUCAACAAUUCCGGGCGAAUGGUUUAGUGGUAUAAUACUCCCUUAGCAUGGCUUCGUUGCUCAUCAACCCUUCAUCUGGGAGUGGUCCAGGGUUCGAUUCCCUGUUCGUCCAACCAUGAUAGUCACGUUCUAUCCUCUGACUCUUUUUGCUGCUCAAGCACUCGAAAUGAUUCCAGAACUCUCAGCAGAUGAUACACCAAGACUAUACGUCGUCCUGUUGAUUCAUGACGUGCAUGUAGCCUGAAAGAGUGUAAGAUGCUUGUUGAGUCUUGAUACACAUUGUCUAGAGCAGUGUCUAUGUGAAGGCACAACCACCCUAAGCCAUGAACUCAGUGACCUUGUGUUCGAAGCCAUGUCUGAGAGCAACGCAAAAGCGAAACUGAUCACUCUUGUUCUCAUUCACCUAUCACCAUUGUGCACCCACUUCCACCCACCUGGACCUCAUGAACCCUUCCUGCAUCAACAUCAAUACGUGACCCUACGCCAUAUACCUGCUUCUGACUGUCCUUCUCUUGCGGAUACCAAAGAGUUAUCGAGCCCUCGAUAAUUAGAUGAGUCGUAAGAGCGGCGUGUGAGUGUGGUGGAUAGUGAGUGUUUCUAUAACCAAGUGUUAGAAAGGAUAUGCGACGUGCAGAGGCUGCAGAAACCAUCGUCUGUAGAAACAAUCGUAAUAGCAAAGAAGACUUACGGCGAAUCGCUCCAGGUGGAAACCCGCUCGAAACCCCACGCUCGAACUUGCUCCUCGUAUUCAUUGCCGAAGCCCAUGAUGCUGAACAUGCAGUAUUGUUGGGUUUAUAUGAACUCAAGCCUCACCAGCUUGAUCAAAAGCGUUUGGUCUCGGUGCAGCUUUGCAGAGGAUAUGCGCUUGACUUUGGAGAUAUACACGAAAGCCCAUCAGUCUCUGUAGAAAACUUCUGCAUUUGCUACAGUCUUGGAGUAAGUAAAACCUUGGGAUGUGAAUCACGCUGUCAUUGAAUGUGGCCAACGUAUGACCUCACUGCUUACCUUAAGCAAUGAUGCUUCGCGACUGCGCCCAUUCCAGCCCCACCCGCACCGUCCCGGAGCCUGGCGUUGAAUCCCAUUGAACGAUUGGAUCCAAAUUCGGAAUGCUUUAUGCCUGUUGGUAGAGCAUAGAAACACCCAAAUGAUCCAAUUUGGCAGAUCAAUCAAUUGGCAUGAAGCAUCUGUUAAUCUGGAAAAUAGCAGGGCUCAUCAUUGAUACAAUAUAGCGCAUAGUAACACAUGGCAGCGCAACACAGCACAGCACAACAUGGCAAGGCACAGCCCCCAUUCCAUCAGGCCGUUGCUAUCGUUUUCACGCAGUCAUCCUCACUCUUUGAGGACACAGCAGCCGUGGCCAUGAUGCUGUGCGGUCGCCCUGCUUCCUCUAAACAGACAGUCGACUACGCUCUCUCCAAUCAUCUCUUCGCCCCCAAGCCUCCAUGGCCCAAAUCUUUUCCAGCCCUGGGACUCGGUAUCCAUUCUUCUUUCAGCCCGUCCCCUGCUCGACCCCAUCCCCUAGGGCUGUGCUGCAGCACGCUAACGAGACCUGGACUCGGCUGCUAGCUUGGCUACUGAACCGGGGAGACCGCCGUAUUAAUUUAUCGCCUAUCAGACAAGCGUGCUGACAUCCAAACCAUCCAUUUUGUUGCCUUUCUUCUCCUUCUUUCGAGCACAUCUUACUUGUCAACGCUCAAUCGAAGGACCUCUGCUCACAAGACCGGACUCAAGGUACCGAUUCUCAACUGCGAAGCAACAGAGUCCCGGGCUUGCAAUUUUCUCAUGCUUGGUUGACCAACGGGGCAGCCAUUCGCUCCAAUGGUUUCUGCCAUAUAACCGUCGCCGACAUCGCCAGCUUCAAACCCCAUUUCGCCCCUGGGAACUAUAGCUCGUCGCCAUGUCGCUCUUCUGUGGCCUUAUACGGCGCCGUAGCGCAAAGGACGACAAACCUCGCCGCGCCCGUACUAUGUCCAUCUUUGGCAACUCCAAUUUCCAAGCCAUAGGUGCUCUCAAGGGCAUGGUUCGUUUCACGACCGCCGCAUCGCCAGCUCCCAUGUACGGCUGGGAACAGCCUGUAGCACAGAAACAGCCACCGAUUGACGAAUGCUCGAGCCGCAGUUCUGAUCAGCAAGCGCCAAUUCCCGAUAUACCAGACAUUCAUAUUACUACUGAGAUGCACGAGGCCCUCGACCGUACAUACUAUGAUCUUUGCGGUUCAGAGCCGCGACUGUCCAAAGACAAGUUUGCCGAUUUCUUACGAACUGUCCAGGGCGAGAGCGAGAGCGCUGUGAGCGAACUUGCUAAGGAGGAUUAUUCCUUGGGAGAUUUCAAAUACACUUGGGUUACCGACUUCUCAUGGGAGGCCACCGGGCCCUUGCCAGAAAAAGAUCUCUCAAAACCUCUCACAAAUUACUUUAUUAGCAGCAGUCACAACACCUAUCUGGUUGGAAAUCAACUGGCUUCACUGAGCAGAAGCUCCCCUGAAGCAUACAGAACAGUUCUUCUUCGAGGAUGCCGCUGUAUCGAGAUUGAUGUGUGGAAUGGGGAUACAAUUAUUCCCACAACGAGAGGCAGAGCCGCCAAGGUUGACCAUAAGCGUGGACUCUCAGGAGAAUCGUUUCCCAAUGUCGCUACCACGGUGAUCGACAAAGUUGAAGGAUAUCUUGGUGACAAAACCGCCAAUCGCUCCCGCAGUACCAGCUUAGGUAGCCGAAAUUCCUCCCCACGAUCGAGUGUGAAUCAAGUUCCACUCGAGGCACGAGAAUCUGGAGACCGUCUGGAAGUUGCUAAACCUCUUUCACCACGCACAAGGCAGUCGUUCCCCAAAGACGAGCCAAUUGUGACACAUGGAUGGACUCUAACUGCGCCGUGUGGGUUUCGAGAGGUGUGCAGAGCCGUUGGCGAAUCUGCAUUCAUCGAUAAUGACCUUCCAAUUAUAGUCAGCCUAGAGGUGCACGCUGACGAGGACCAACAAGAGGUCAUGGUCAAAAUCAUGAAAGAGGAAUGGGGUGAGAUGCUUGUGGAUAAGGCACUCGAUGAUACUGGCCCGAGACUGCAACUCCCGAAGUUGGGCGAGCUGCGAAAAAGAAUUCUCGUAAAGGUCAAGAAGGCUCCUGCAAAGAUCGUGGUGCCGCCUAGCACUAUGGAUCUACCUGCUAUUUACGCACAUGACGAGGAUGCAUCAGGGUCGGAGGAUGAGCAUCCCUCGCAGUCCACAGGACCAUCCCUGACAGGUUCUAACAGCACAUGUCCUUCACACGAGAAGAACACCAGCUCCAAGGUCCGGAUCUGUGAGAACCUUGGCAAACUUGCUGUGUACACACGCAGUCAGCAUUAUAAGGGUCUCGCAACCAAGGAAGCCAAAAUCCCUGCCCACAUUUUUUCUAUCAGCGAGAACCGUAUCCUAGAACUUCACCAAAAGCAGCAUCGCGACAUGUUUACCCAUAACAAGGGAUACUUCAUGCGCGCUUUCCCUGCAGGUCGAAGGUUCGAUAGCUCAAAUCCAGACCCAAGUCUCUUUUGGCGUGGCGGUGUUCAGAUGGUCGCCAUGAAUUGGCAGUAUCUGGAUGAAGGCAUGAUGCUCAACGAAGGCAUGUUUGCAGAUGAGAAGGGCUGGGUUCUGAAACCGGAAGGUUAUCAAAGUUCAAACAAAUCUGCAGAGACUCAGAGCGAAGCCACACCAGGUCGUACCAUGAAUCUGAGGAUCACAGUUUUUGCUGGACAACACAUUCCGAUCCAAGCUGGCGACGCAGCAGACGCCGGCCGCUCAGCCAGCACCUUAAGGCCGUUGAUAAAGGCAGAGCUGCAUGUCGACAAGCCAACCGAUGCUGAACGUGACGCAUAUGUGCAGGAGCACAAGUACAAAGAUAAAACAGACGUUGGUAAGACGGAUCAUCCCGAUUUCGGCCCCCACGGCUCGACCCUCCAGUUCUUGAACAUUCCUAAGGUGGUCCAAGAGCUCAGUUUCAUCAGGUUCAAGGUCGAGGACGAUUCAGCCAAGCUUGGCAGCUCGCCACUGCUUGCCUGGGCUUGCAUCCGCCUAGACCGUCUGCGACCCGGCUAUCGAUUCAUCCGACUCAUGGACUCGAAGCCCCGCGUUGUACCUGGUGGGAAGCUGCUGGUCAAAAUCGAGAAGACCUUGGUUUGAUCGAUAGCCCGUAUAGUUCAUCCUUGCGAAUGAUGCUGUACUUCAGAUACCAAGGGCAUCACUCGUGUAAUGUGGCAACUCCCUGCUGUGAUGAUACUUCGUACAUGCUGCACGGCACUACGACAUCGUCUAUAACGAUCCGCGUCACACACUUACCAUAGGUCUUUGGCUGGCAGCAUAUCUCCUUUUCGCCAUCCUGAGGUUUAGCUCCGUCAAGUCUUUUGGACACUUUUUGCCUUUCUGAACAUGUGUCAAAUCACGACCGGAUCGUAUACGCAGAUGAGCUCGCAUCUCGAAGGGGGUUUGAGUAACUGGCACCCCUUUGUUUUCUGUGGUGGUGUUUCAUUGAAUUGAUAAUGAUAUAGCUGGGAUUUUGGUUAGAUUUCUUAGACAGGAGUUUUGGGAUACCCAGGAACAAUGAAUGUUUUGUGCCAUUUCUCUCUGCCCUCAAGCCUACCGCCAUUUGCCGUAGUCAGUGCUGAGUCGAAUUGGCGUUGCUCGUCUGGCUAUCUGUCAGUCGAAGAACGUCUUUGUUCACCCGUA